AUGCCCCGUGGGCAGAAGAGUAAGCACCGUGCUCGUGAGAAACGUCGCCAGGCCCGGGCUGAGACCCAGGGUCUUCAUGAUCAGGCUACCACAUCUGGGGGAGAAGAGACCACCUCCUCCUCCCCUCCUGAUUCAGAGAGCGGUCCCUCAAGUUCGUCUGCUGCUGGCACCUCCAAGGGGCCUCAGGGAGCCCAAGGCACCACCAGCGCUGCUUCAGGUGCUAUACGCAAAAGAUCUGGUGUCGGGCGCGCAGCACGCUCGAGAUCUGGUGUUGGUGCCGAGGGCCAGGUUCAGGAAGGGGAAAAUUCCUCCCAGGCCUCAGCUGCUGCUGAGAGCUCUCACACAGAUCUUCUGACCUGGAAGGCAGAGAUGUUGGUGCAGUACAUGCUAUUUAAGUAUAAUACGAGGGAGCUCAUUAAGAGGUCAGAAAUGCUGAAAGUUGUCCACAGAAGGUACAGGGAGCAAUUCCCUGAGAUCCUCAGCAGGGCCUCUGAGCACAUGGAGAUGGUGUUUGGCAUGGUGCUAAAGGAAGUCAGGCCCAACAGUCACUGCUAUACCCUGGUGAGCAACCUAGAUCUCAGCGACAGUGAGUCUAUGAGAGGUGACUGGGGGCUACCGAAGAAUGGUCUUCUGAUGCCUCUGCUGGGUGUCAUCUACCUGAAUGGCCAUCGCACCUCUGAGGAGGAGAUCUGGAAGUUCCUGAAUAUUCUGGGCAUCUUUGAUGGAAGAAGUCACUUCAUCUUUGGAGACACCAGGAAGCUCAUCACAGAAGAUCUGGUGCGGGAAGAGUAUCUGGAAUACAACCUGGUGCCCGGCAGCGAUCCCCCUCGCUAUGAGUUCCUGUGGGGUCCUAAAGCUCUCACAGAAACCUGCAAGACGAAAGUCCUGCAGUUUUUGACCAAGGUCAACGAUUUGGUCCCUGAUGCCUUACUGCCGCAUUAUUUGGAGGCUUCGAGAGAGGAAGUAGAGAACACCGGAGCCGGAGCUGCAGCCGCCAGGGCUGACAUGUCUGCCUCGGCCAGUGCUGGCCCUUCGGCCUCGGCCAGGGCUGGCACCUCGGCUGCAGCCAGGGCUGACAUGUCUGCCUCGGCCAGUGCUGGCCCUUCGGCCUCGGCCAGGGCUGGCACCUCGGCUGCAGCCAGGGCUGACAUGUCUGCCUCGGCCAGUGCUGGCCCUUCUCCCUCGGCCAGAGCUGGCCCUUCUGCCUCAGCCAGGGCUGGCACUUCUGCCUCAGCCAGUGCCCGCUCUAGGGCCACAUCCAGCCGCUCAUCUCGCCCCUAG